AAUAGCUCGAAAUACAAACUGCAACGUUAUCUUUUCAGCCAGUCAGUCGACCGAGUUCUUCUUCGCAGUUUCCUCCGGUCUCCUCGGAAUUUGCUGCCGGAAGCAGGAGACACCGAGAAAUCAACAGCAGGAUUGCCCACAUGAGUUCCGGGUCGCUUCAGCUUCAAAAUUCGAUCUUACCAGCGACACCUGGAGUUACUAAUGGCGCCCACUGGAAGCCCAAGUUCUUGUCUUUGCAAUGUGGCAGGAGAUGGAACCCCAGGCCCGGUGCUUCGAAGCUCGUUGCCUUUGCCUCCGCUUCUUCAGCCGCCGGCUCCGGCCGCGAGUAUUCUGAGGAGUUAUUGGAAAGGAUAAAGGAGAAGGGAAAGAAGAAAAUUGCGGGAAUAGAUCAGGAUGAGCUGGUGGAUGACCCGGAACAUCUUGCCGAUCCCGACAGUUGUUUUUGUGAGUUUAAUGGGGUCAAGAUACACCACAAGGUCUAUGAUGCUGUUGUAUCCCAACAGCAUGAAUCUUCAAAUCAAAGUCUGAACCUGAAUAUUCCGAUGAUUCUAUUGCACGGUUUUGGAGCCUCUAUCUUCUCUUGGAAUCGGGCCUUGAAGCCUUUAGCUGAGGCCACUGGUUCUAGGGUUCUCGCAUUUGAUAGACCUGCAUUUGGAUUAACUUCGAGGGUGGACCUAAGUUCUUUGAAUGUCCUGUCGGGUGGUGAGGAUGCGAGACCUCUGAAUCCAUAUUCAAUGGCUUUCUCAGUGCUCGCCACCUUGUACUUCAUCAACUUCUUGGCAGCUGAUAAAGCAAUCCUCGUGGGGCACUCAGCUGGCUCCCUUGUAGCAGUUAACACAUACUUUGAAGCUCCUGAAAGAGUCGCUGCUCUGAUCCUCGUCGCCCCUGCUAUUUUUGCUCCAAAUCCUCCACCUAGAGAGAAUCAGCCCAAAGACGAGAAGUCUAACUUUGAAAAGGCAGGGGAAAAUAAUCUAAUAUCCAGGCUGUUCACAUCCUUGUCAAGGAUUGCCAAGUACAUUGGAGAGGUGAUCAUCAGGAUGGUAACGGGGAUGACAAAGAUGCUGAGUUCUCUGUACAAGAAAGUCUUAUCGACUAUUCUGCGCUCUGCUUUGGGAAUAAUGCUGGUAAGGAUGUUAAUCGAUAAAUUCGGCAUAUCCGCGAUUAAGAUUGCCUGGCAUGACCAGAAGCAAAUCACUGACCAUGUCCUCCAGGGUUACACUAAGCCAUUAAGGAGCAAAGGUUGGGACAGAGCUCUUGUGGAAUAUACAGUGGCAAUGCUUUUGGAUGUUGAGUCUGAAUCGAAACCCCCAAUCGGGAAAAGGCUUCAUGAAAUUUCAUGCCCUGUUCUGAUUAUCACCGGUGAUAAUGAUCGGAUUGUCCCAUCGUGGAAUGCCAAGAGACUCUCCCGAGUAAUCCCUGGAUCUGUGCUCAAAGUUAUCAAGCACUGUGGCCACCUGCCCCAUGAGGAAAAGGUCGAAGAGUUUGUUUCGGUCGUGAGGAAUUUUCUGCUGAAAACUCUUGGUAGUUCUGAGGAACAACUCUUUCAGCAAGCUCUAGUCUGAGCUCUCAUAUUAUGAUUCACUGGAAGGGAAUGGAAACUUCAGAAUGGAAUCUCAGUAGAAAACUGGAACUGUUCUGUAUCACGAUUCCAUUUCCGUCUGUUUCCACUUAAGUCAUCCCAAGCACGAGCCUACUUUCCGUUAAAUGCCUCAUGCUUUGUUCAAGGGGGAUUGCUUCAAGAUCAAACCAGCAGGGUGAGGAUUUGAACAUUCUUUAAGAACUGGUAUUGCAGCAAAUAAACAUCAGAAAUGGCAAUAGGAGCCUGGAGGAAAAAGAGUCUAAUGAAGAAUUUGUGGUUAGGGAAUAAAUGAGCCAUUAUAAGCAUAAUUACCUGUACAGACAGUACUUUUAGCUCGAGUUUGUAACUAUAGUUGUAAUCAAUUAACAUGUUAGUAUAUAUUAAACAUUACUAUGUUUAUUCAAUCA